UCCACUUCGACCUCUGGGCAGCAAUGCCGUCUAGAGAGCAGUGGUCGACGACAUAGAAAGCUAGGCCUCGUGCAGAACCCCGACAUACACUACAAGCGCCAUGUCGACAAACUAUCAAGACUACCUCGAGCUGCUGUCUGCCGAGCAGCACGUCCAGGUGGACAAGCUGCGCGAGGCGGCGCGCAACGGCGUGCUGCCCAAAGUCCGCGGAGAAGUAUGGAUGUACCUCCUCGGCGUGCUGGACUCGGACAAGACGUCGGAGAUGACGUCCCUCAAGGCCCUGCGGCAAGAGUACAACGCGCUCCCGUCCACCCUUCCCUCUGACCUGGCGUCUCUGCUGCUCAAGACGGCCCUGGCGCACCACAACCGGCGGUUCGAGUCGCCGACCUACGAGAGCCUGAUCUCGUCUAUCACCGCCGAGCCCGGCUCGGCGCCGGGCGGCACAGCGUCCAACAACUCGGCGCCGGGGUCGCGCGCCGCGUCAACAGGCUACGGAAUGACGCCGCUCGCUGGCCUCGCAGCGCAGGGGAGCGCGAGCCCCGGCCCGCCGCAGGACGACCGGGGCGGCUCGGGCCCGCUCGUGCCCCCGCCGACCGCGUCGCCCACGCGCGCGCAGUACCUCUCGCUGAUGGAGGACGUGCUCGGCAAGUACUGGCACAGCGCGGACUGCCAGCCGUCGUCGAUCGAGGUCGCCGCCGGCGCCGGCGACAGUACGGGCCCGCGCACCAAGUGGCUGCCCGGCCAGCCGCCGGCACCAGCAGACUGGGUGUACCUCGCCACGCCGUUCGUGUGCUGUCUCGCCCGCCCGAUGGCCGUGUUCUACGGGUUUGAGGCGCUGAUGAACAAGCUGAAGGCAUGGCCGCCAUUACCGUCGCGGCUUGGCUCGGUGCUCGGCCUGUUCCGCUUGGCGCUGCCCGAGCUGCACGAGUACUUUGAGGACGAGCAGGUGCCGAUGACGGCCGUAGCGAUGAGCUGGAUGACGUCGCUGCUGUCCCGUGAGAUGUGGCUCCCCGACGUGCUCCGGUUGUGGGACUCGUACCUCGCCUCGGACGACAUGUUCGUCUUGCACUGCUACGUGUGCGUCGCGAUUCUCUUCACGUGUAAAGAGACGCUCGAGGAGCUCGACGGGUCAGAAGCCAAGCUCAUGCUGCUUGACCUCCCGCCGCUCGACGUGGACAGGUUGCUCCACGACGCGGCAAAUCUCAAGGUCGCGUUCCCGCUCCCCAUGCCCGUCACAGACGACCCAGACGAGUACGACGACGACUAGGUGCAUAUCUAUAUUCUUAGCUGUU